UGCCCUAGUUUCACAUGAAUAAAUACCGAGCAAGCCUGUUCCCACCCUCAGUCUUUCUGUGCACCAGCGUUUGAAUCUUCUAUAACCAUGAUGCUCGUCAGCGCUACUUUGUAUCUGGCAUCAACCUGGCUGCUUGUAGAUGCAGGUAUCCCCAAAGAGACUGUUACCACCUGUGUGGACAACGUUGUGCAUCGUUUGAGCUGUGAUUUGGAGAGCGUGAUAAGUGUCGAGACGUCCCUGUACGGACGUACGGACAAUGUGACGUGCAGUGAAGGGACGAGUCCAGAUCGGGUUUCCAACACUCACUGCUCUCUUGCUGGCGUCGCUGAUGUCGUCAAGAAAAGAUGUAAUGGAAAAAAGGUGUGUGAGCUGAGCACAGAUGUCCUUGGAGGCUCUGAUCCCUGCAGGAACACCGCCAAAUAUCUGCAGACCACCUACACCUGCCUUCCCGCCUUUCACCGCAUGACAUGUGAGCACUCUUUAUCACACUUAAGCUGUGAUCAAGGCCAGGUUAUUGUUGUCCAUGGAGCUGAUUACGGACGCAGAGACCAGACCACAUGUCGGUAUGGACGCCCAGCCAAUCAGAUCCAAAACACAGCCUGCUCCAGCCCCACCAGCAAAGUUGCUGAAAGCUGCCAAGGGAAAAACAGUUGCAUCAUUAAAGCCAGCAACUCUGUGUUUGGAGAUCCCUGUGUGGGCACUUACAAGUACCUGGAGGUGGCUUACAACUGUCAGUAUCCUGUCACUCCAGAUGAGGAGAUAUUGCUUGCAACAGCUUGCCUACUCAUGGUAUCUGUUGCUGUUACCGAAAAGGCCACAACCUGUGACGACAGCGAUAAUAUCCAGCAUUUGAGCUGUGAUAACGGAGUGAUCAGUGUGCAGUCAGCCCUGUAUGGACGAGCUGACCGACGGAUCUGCAGUGAGGGCAAGCCUCCCCAGCAGCUUGCCAACACACAGUGCUCUCAAGUGGGCACUGUGGACAUCAUCAAAAAGAGGUGUGAUGGCAAGAGGGUUUGUGAGUUCAACACGGGUGACGUUCGCAGCGUCGAUCCCUGCGUCGGCAUCGCCAAGUAUCUGGAGACCAAUUACACCUGCCUCCCAGCACAUCGUCUUGUCACAUGUGAACACUCCUAUGCACAUUUGAAUUGUGAUUACGGGCAGGUCAUAUUUGUCUAUGGGGCCGACUACGGACGCCGAGACCACACCACCUGCUCUUACAGACGACCUGCCUCUCAAACUGAAAACGUUUACUGCUCAAACCCCACCAACAUAGUGGCUCAAACCUGUAACGGGAAAAGCAGCUGCACAAUCAGAGCCCACAACUCAGUUUUUGGAGACCCGUGCAUAGGCACAUUCAAGUACCUGGAGGUGGCAUACACAUGUGAAUAUUUUUGAGUGACUUCAGAAAGAUCUGCAUGAACAAGAAUUGGAAAACACAUUGUUAGCACAUAUAAGAUUUUAUUUCAAGUACAAAAUCAUACCCAGAUUAGU